AUGAAGACAACAAAGGGAUCAGCCAGUCAGGAGCCUGCCAGCGGGGAGGCGCUGGGGGAGUUGGGACACGAGGAUCCAGGCGCGCCUAGAAGUGUGGAAGCCAGCCAGUCAGUCAAUCCAGAACAAUUAGACACGACAAGACGCGGUUCUAGGCACGCACUGGGCAAGAAUCAUAACAGGAUCGCGAUGGGUGAAGCUCUGAUUGCGGACGAGUGGACGGGUCGAGCUUCUCGGGACGCGCGGUGGAGCCCCCUUAGGCGCUCCGCUGGGUUCUUGUUCCGCAAAAAAUCUUCUUUCCCUGUCAUUGGACAUCAUUCACCUUCCCGAGAUGAGAGUCGGCGUGAUCCGUUGGGCAAGCUCCAGAAGUAUACUUUAAUGCGGACUGUACACUUUGAGCAGAGUAAAUGUUGCACAGAGUUACCACUCGGCCAAACACCACUGCUCUAUCUCUUUGCAGAACAUAUCAGGAUCAAAUAUUCAUCUGCGGGUGAGGAGUCAAUGAGAUAUAUUGGGAGAAUUGAACUAUUUGCCGGACUUGCGCGAUAUGUUGACUGUCCCAGAGAGAUUGUAAGCAGAUUGGUCCCUGGAGAGGAGAGUAUGGCCAUUUUGAUUGGGAGAGCAAAACUGAUAAAAUUGUCGGUGGAAAGCGCCAUAUUCAAUGAUCAAGUGAUCUUUCAGCCGAGCAGAGUUCGCCAUGUACGUUUCCGAACGGUAGUAGAUCAAGUAGUCACCGGGAAGAUGGGUAAGAUGGCACGCACAAUUGCGCCAUCAUUCAACAUCACCAUUGGCCCCAACAGAACAAGAUUGUCGGCCGAGCCAUUUUCUUGCAAGGUAGUCGGCCGACAGCUCUCGGGAGGGAAGAGAGUCGAAACGCUAGCAAGCGGCAGAUACGAACGAACAGAGUUGGGCACUCAGCAGUCAGUGGUUCGUGCCUUGGGGAAUCCCAAUCUCGCCUUGGAAUUCAGGUUCCUUCUCUCCAAAAAGAUCCCGGAGGGGGAGGGGCAUUUCCCAAUGCGGCCGGCGCUAAACAUCCCACCUGGAAUGAGCUCAUGCGGGUCCAAUCAGGGCCGUUCUGCCCCGUGGGCGGUGGCAGAUUGCGUGAUCGGGAUCGCCUGCCCAGCGGCUGUCAUUCGUUGGAGGGGCAUCCAAGCUGUGGUUCGGGUUCAAUGUGGAUGUUGUCCCCCUCUGCCUCGUAGCUCCAUCCCCGUUCCAUUCACGGGCUCCUCGUCUCUUGGUUCCCCGACCUCGGGCCUCAUCGGGGUAUAUUUAGUACUUCCAGCUUCCUCCGUUGCAUUCAUCUUCUUUUGCUUCCUACUCAUCCUUCUCUUCUACCAUUCUAAUUAA